ACAGUGUGUGCACACCACAGAUUUUCUGCAAUAGUGCACUAGUAUUAAUUUUCAAUUGCACACACUGUUGGCCGACAACGUUGCGUUUUUUUUUUUAUUAUUUGGGAAGCACAAUUGCAAUUGCCGGUAUAAAUUGCAGUAAUAUUGUGUAUCCUGAGAUAGCUAAAAGCUUACGUGGCCAAGGGUACGCAACGAGACAGGCACACUGUCUAAGUAAAAGCGUAACUUAUGAGCGUGGCAGCUAGAACGGACGGCGCUGCCGGCGACAACAACAACAAAAAUAAAAUCAACACCAAAGUGCGAACAGCCCCCGCUCUGGACGAUCUCGUGCAGUAUGUUACGCUAUUGGUACGUAAACCCACGCCGCUCAGCGGUGUCAUACUGCCCUUUGUGCCGCUAUACCUGACUGCGUUCUAUCUGUGGAUAUACGUGUAUCGGGGCGAUGGCAAUGCCGACGAAAGCGGUAACAAGACUGGUGUGGCAGGGGAAACAAUUACUGACGUGGAUGCAAGGAACAUAACAUCUGCGGAUGGAGCCGCCUGGAAUGAUAUUGGGUUCAUUGCUGUGGUGGCCAUAGCAUUUCUACAUGUACUUACACUGCUCUUCUGCUAUUGGAAUGUACACGUGCUCGCUUUUCUGACUUGUCGGCGUGUUAAGAAGCCAGCGCUGGGUGUAUUAGCCAAAGUAGUGCCCACGGUAAACAAUGGCAAUUCCAAAAUUGUGCCGAUACGUAGCGUCAACCUGGAAAACGGAAGCCAGCAGUAUUUUCUAGUAUUCCAGAAGACCAAGUAUAUUUGGGAUGAGGACAAGGCCAUAUUCCGUGCAGUUGAGUUUCCCGUAAACAAUCUGUUGCGUGAAUACGCCAGCUCACGUGGCCUGGAAACGGAGCAGGCCAUUAAGGCAGCAACACAAACAUAUGGCAAUAAUGAGAUGGACAUGGUGGUGCCAGAGUUCCACGAGCUGUUCAUAGAGCGUGCCACGGCGCCGUUCUUUGUGUUCCAGGUGUUCUCAGUAGGAUUGUGGUGCCUGGACGACUUCUGGUACUACUCGCUCUUUACGCUCUUCAUGCUUGUUGCCUUCGAGUGCACCAUAGUGAAACAACAGCUGCGCAACAUGUCCGAAAUACGAAAGAUGGGCAACAAGCCUUACCUUAUCUACGCGCUGCGGCAAAACAAAUGGCGUCAAAUAGGUAGCGAUGAGCUGCUACCUGGUGAUGUGGUGUCGAUAACUCGCUCCCAGAACGAUAACAUUGUGCCUUGUGAUGUGGUCAUCUUACGCGGCAGCUGCAUUGUGGAUGAAAGUAUGCUGACGGGCGAAUCAGUGCCACAGAUGAAGGAAUCGCUGGAGUCUAUACAGAAUUUAAAUACCGAACUGGAUGUUGAGGGCGAAGGAAAGCUAACUGUGCUCUUUGGCGGCACCAAGGUAGUGCAACACACAGCGCCCACUAAGGAGUCUAUGCGUGCUCCCGAUGGCGGCUGCAUUGGCUAUGUCAUACGAUCGGGCUUUAACACCUCCCAGGGCAAACUGCUGCGCACCAUAUUGUUUGGAGCCAAUCGAGCUACGGAGAACAAUGCUGAGACCUUUGCGUUUAUAGCUUUUCUAAUGGUGUUUGCCGUCGCGGCCGCAUCGUAUGUGUGGGUCAAGGGCAGCGAGGAUCCAGAACGCAAUCGCUAUAAGCUGUUCCUGGAGUGUGCGCUUAUACUUACCUCCAUUAUACCGCCAGAUCUGCCUAUUGAACUCACUUUGGCUGUGAAUACUUCACUGAUACAGCUGACCAAGUUGUUUGUCUACUGCACAGAGCCCUUCCGCAUUCCUUUUGCGGGCAAGGUACAAAUCUGCUGCUUUGACAAGACUGGCACGCUAACUACGGACAACUUAAUGGUGGAGGGCAUAGCGGGACUCGGCGCCAAUGGCAAAUGUGUGCCUAUUGAGGAGGCGGAGGACAAUACAGUGCAAGUGCUGGCCUGUUGUCAUUCGUUGGUACUGCUAGACGAUGGUUUGGUCGGGGAUCCCCUGGAGAAAGCUGCGCUGGCUGCUGUCGACUGGAAUCUAACCAAGUCGGACAGCGUUAUUCCCAAACGUGGCAAGCUGAAGCCAUUGCGCAUUGCUCAACGCUAUCAUUUCUCCUCGGCGCUAAAACGCAUGUCUGUGCUGGCCGGCUAUCUGUUGCCCUUCUCCAAUGAGGUGAACUAUAUAGGCGCUGUCAAAGGUGCUCCAGAGGUUAUAAUGGGCAUGCUCAAGUCCGUACCCACCAAUUAUGAAAAGAUUUAUUUGGAGUAUGCUCGUCGUGGCGCACGAGUUGUUGCACUGGGAAUCAAGGAGUUUGGCAAUCUAAGCGCUCAACGGAUACGUGAUCUGAAGCGUGAAGAGGUCGAGUGUGAUUUAACAUUUGCCGGCUUUGUCAUCAUCUCUUGUCCCAUGAAACCCGACUCCAAGGCAGUAGUCAAAGAGUUGGUUAACUCCUCGCACAAGGUACUGAUGAUCACAGGCGACAGUCCUUUGACAGCCUGCCAUGUGGCGAAGGAGCUGCGAUUUACGCAUAAGAAAAUGCUUGUAUUGACGCCACCGCAACAGCCGAAUAUUGACAACUGGAGCUGGGUGUCAAUUGAUGGCGAUCGUACUUAUCCUUUGGAUGACUCGAGAAGCAGCAAGAAUAUUGCUUUAAUGCUAGCUACGAAUGAUUUAUGUAUCACCGGUGAGGGUCUGAUACACUUGCAACAGUCACAUCAUCAAUAUAUGCUGAAACUACUGCCUCUGGUCACGGUCUGUGCACGCUUUGCGCCUAAGCAAAAGGAGUACAUUAUUACCACGUUGAAGCAGCAGGGCUACUAUACGCUUAUGUGCGGCGAUGGCACCAAUGAUGUGGGUGCACUUAAGCAUGCACAUGUGGGCGUCUCCCUGCUGACCAACGCACCUGUAAAACGCAAGCGCACCGAUGAGGAUCUGCAGCAGAUCAAUGCAGCGGCUUCAGCUGCCGCCGCAGCAGCUAAUGCAGCCAAUCAGCAGCUUUCGCCACGAGAACGUGCCAUGCGUCGUCGCCAGGAGCAGAUUAAUCAGACACAGGCGCGUCUGCAAACUGCGCUACGCGACAUGGAGGAGCAAACUAUUGUCAAGCUAGGCGAUGCUUCCAUUGCAGCGCCAUUUACCAGCAAGCAUUCAUCUAUUAUGUGUGUCAACCAUAUUAUCAAGCAGGGACGCUGCACUUUGGUGACGACGCUGCAAAUGUUUAAGAUCUUAGCUUUGAAUGCAUUGAUACAGGCUUAUUGUCAAUCUGUGCUUUAUAUCGAUGGCGUCAAGUUUAGUGAUACUCAAGCCACCAUGCAGGGUAUUUUCAUAGCCGCUUGCUUUUUGUUUAUAACACGCUCCAAGCCACUGAAAACGCUUUCCAAGGUGGCCCCACUGCCCAACAUUUUUAACUUUUAUACUAUAACGACAAUACUUACGCAAUUCGCAGUGCAUUUCGGUGCGCUUUACUAUUUGACCAGCGUUGCGUCGGCGCUGGCGCCGCCUAGAGUGGGCAAGGUGAAGCUGUAUAUUGACAUGAAUGCCGAGGAAAAAACUAAAUAUGAACCAAAUAUUGUCAGCAGUACUGUCUAUAUCAUUUGCGUAUCACUGCAAGUGGCCACCAUUGCAGUUAACUAUAAGGGUUAUCCAUUUAUGGAAAGUCUGCGCACCAACCGCAUGCUUUUGUGUGCUAUUGGCGCCUCAGCCGCCUUGGUUCUGUUUCUGACCACUGGCAUAGUGCCUGACCUCACACAAUUCUUUGAAAUCGUUGACUUUCCAUCGACUUUCCGUCAAACAUUGCUCAUGGUGCUCGUGGUGGACAUUGUGGGAGCCUUUGUCUUGGAUCGCAUAUGCUCAUUCCUGUUUGGUGAAACGCGCCGCAAAUCUAAAGUGCUCAACUGUUAGUUAGCUAGUAACUUGAAAUUGUAAUUUAAAGAAUAGAAGCAAAGUAACAUUUGUUUAUACUUUCCAUAUGUAAAAGUAUAAACGUUUACAAAUGUUUCCGCUCUCAUAUCCUUUGACUUUGAUGUAGUGUUUACUUUCCUUUUGUCAAUUUUGUAUUUGAGUAUAUAGUAGUUAGUGUGCGGCGUGGGUUUCUUAAUUUGUAAAACCUAAACAUAGGAAGUUAAAGCAAAAACAAAACCAAAUGAUAUUGCAUUUGAUUUAUUUUGAAAUUGCAGAAAAAUAUGUGCGUUUCAUUAACGAGAAUAUAUGCAAUUAGUGAAAUUUGACAACACCUUUGUAAAGUUCAUAAAUAUACGUAGCAAAUAAA